AUGGCCGCCGGCACUGCAGCCGCUUUAGUUUAUUUGAGUCAAGAGAGCCGAUCCCGGGCCGGGGGUGUCGGGGGUCUGCGAGUCCCGGCCCCGGUUACUAUGGACAGUUUCUUUUUCGGCUGUGAGCUCUCUGGCCACACGCGCUCCUUCACUUUCAAGGUAGAGGAAGAGGAUGAUGCAGAGCACGUGCUGGCGUUGACCAUGCUCUGCCUCACCGAGGGGGCCAAGGACGAGUGUAAUGUAGUGGAAGUUGUAGCCCGAAACCAUGACCACCAGGAGAUUGCAGUUCCUGUGGCCAACCUCAAGUUGUCUUGCCAGCCCAUGCUCAGUCUAGAUGACUUCCAACUUCAACCACCUGUAACCUUCCGCCUGAAGUCGGGCUCUGGCCCUGUGCGAAUCACUGGGCGGCACCAGAUUGUUACUAUAAGCAAUGAUGUUUCUGAGGAAGAGGAGAGUGAAGAAGAGGAUAAUGUAGAGGAGGAAACUGAAUUGUGCCCCAUCCUUCCUGCCAAAAAGCAGGGGGGUAGGCGCUAGCCUUUGGUCAGGUAACUACCUGCUGCAUCACCAUGCACCAUGUUCGUGGACAAGUUUCAAGAAUUUUAAAUGUUUCUUCUCCAUUGAAGAGGAGAGUUUGGGGCAUGGGUUGGGUAGAAGGGUCUUCUGCUGGUGCUAAGGAGAGAGGCAUUCUCCUUAGGGUCCUGGUGUUCUGGUCCUGUACCAUGUCUGGGGCUUCCCUUUCCUAUAGGCAGAAGGGGAAUUUUGAACUUUUAUGCUGACUCUGUGUCCCCACCUGCCUGUGAGGAUUAAAGGUUAGUAUCUGAAUCUCAGAACUACACAUUUGUAACACUUUUUACAUUUUUACAUAAAGAUUGAAAUAAAGUGGU